GGCUCCAUUAUCAUCGACGACAGCAAAAUCCAAAGAAUAUCCCAUAACACUUCACAAUUCAACUUUAAAUGGACAACUUCUAACAUCAUUAUUGCCGUGGCAAACGAUUUCAUAUCUACAAUAUUUUAGACACAGUGGAAGAUUUACUUUUCGUUACGAAGGAUUUUCUAAACUUGAUUCAUUAAAGGAUUUAUUAGUUCAUUUAUCCCGUCGUCGUAAUGAAUAUUUAAUCUCAGGAGAUACAAUAAAAAAUCCUGGUUCAGUUUACAGAUUUAAAUUACCAACAAUUUGUUCAAUCUGUUACGAAGUUGGACACAAACCGGAAGAAUGUAAAGUUAUUGAUAUAACUCUUUCAAGAAGAAUGUUAAAUCAACGAGAUAUUGAUAUCAUGAUUGAUCAAAUUUUAGAAUUUAGUUGCCCUGUUAGAAAAAUUGCUUUAAGAUUUAACCAAGUAGGAUCAAAAUCAAUUGCAAAAUUAAUCGAAAAUAAUAAUAGUACUAUUGUUGAAUUAAUUUUAGGUAAUACUAUGAUUGAUGAUAGUGGUAUUCUAUUUAUUAUCGAGGCGUUAAAGAAAAAUCGAUCCGUAAAAAAUUUAACGUUGGAUAACAAUGAUUUUGGGGACGAAGGUUUAUGUGCCAUGGCCGACCUAUUAAUGAUAAACCAGACUUUGAAAUCUAUUGAUUUGGCUCAACAAAAUUCUGAAGUUUCUUUAAAAUUUUUAGAAAAAUUAGAUAGAGCUUUAUUAUAUAAUACGAAAUUAACUUGUAUUUAUUUUAAUACUAAAGGUUUACAAUUACGAAACUCAUCAUCAAAUUUUAAUCUUCAAAAAUCUCAAAUUCCUUUAGAUGAAAGGAAGAACCAAAUAUUUUCAAGAAUUGUAAAAAAUCUUCAACAAAAUCGUUUAUUUGAUUCCCCCACUACAGCCAGUAUGAUUGAAUUAGUAAGUAAAGCGAGAAUUUUAUUACUAAAUAAUCUUAAUAGUAACGUUUUAAUGAAAGUUCCUCCCGAAGUUUGGAUACAAAUAUUUAAUAAAUUUGGUGAAGAAAGAGGGUUAUCCAAAAGGCAAGUUGAUAUGAUCUUAAAGUACGCUGGUACUAGAACUACUCUUUCCAAAGAUAUAACUGAGCGAAAAUUUUUAGAAUCAAUUUAUACAAAUAAUAUAUUUUGGGAAUAAUUUUUGGAUCUGUAAAUAUUAAUAAAGUUAAUAAUGUUUUUAAGAGUUCCUCUUCGUAAAAUACCGGCAAACUGGGUUUAAUACAUUAUAUAUUUUAUAAAAAAAAAAA